AUGUUUAUGGCAACGAAGGUCAAGAAUAUACAUCCUGGAGGGAAAUGCUUAGCUCCUCCUCUUCCAGAUCGCACCAACAAACUAGAGACCAUUCAUUCGUUUGGUUGGCUGAUUGGUGAGCGUUGUUCGGUUGCGGCGGGGGUAAAUUUGGGCAUUGGUGAGCGGGGAUUUUGGUGGUUAAUGGAAGUUGACUGGGGUGGUGGUUACGUGUGA